AUGUGCUCUAAACCAGAUGUCCUGCCUCCAGAUGGGUCAGAGGAUGAAGAGAUACAGGUGGAGGUAGAUAAAGGACUAGAAGGACAGAGUCGAGUACAUCAUAGGGCCUGUGUGAGGCUGCUCUCUGUGGCAUGGGCCUUCAAAGUGUUCAUACUACUGUAUGCCUCAGAAAGCACAGAGAGUACACAGAACAGCAGCAGUGGCACUACAGAACAACUCAACAGUUUCCACUUUGCAAUGGAUGAUUUUGAGUACAGUGUCCAAAUUUCUGAGCUUGACUGGGAAACCUUCUUCCAAGCAUGUGAAGAGUGUAACAUGUUGCCCCCAGGGUUAGCAGGCUUGGAUGAUUCAGGAAUGAGUGACAUGGAUGACAUGGCGAACCAGCGAACACAGACUGCCACACACACUAUCACAUAUGAUCCAGAGCUUCGAAUUGACGGCCCCCCUGACUGCGAAGGCUCUCCUGUGGAGCUUUACCUGAGCAAAUAUGGCUUGAGCAGUCCAGAUCAAGUUCUCUCUGGCAGUGAGGACGACUUCCACUUAGAAGCUGUCAAUGUGUUCUUUGAGAGGUUGAAAAGUGUCUCAGUAACUGAGGAUCACACAAAUUUGGGGAGUAAAAUGGUUGGUCAUUCAGAGGGAUCUGAUGUGAAAGAAGACACUAAAGAUAUAGCAGUGUCUGUAGAACCAUCACAGUCAUGCAGAAAUCAGACGGCACAGAGAAAUGACUAUCAUACCUGUAUGUAUACUGAGUCUACAGAUGAUGACCAAGAAAUAUAUAAAUCUACCUGUCCUGAAACAGAGCUGUUUAUCGGAGAAGAAGUCUGGUCACUAGAUGCAUUAAAAGAGGGAGAUAAAUGGGAGGAUAAGAUAAGGACACAACCGGAUACUGAAAAGAGUCCAUGCAAUUUUCUAGUCAAUGGGAAAGAGCUCACAGACCCAAACCAGGCCAAGGAAGCAAAUUCUCCACUAGGAACAAGCAAUAAUUCUGAUGUAAUAGUAGUUCAGGGUCAGUCUUCCAAAGUUACCCCAAGACGGCGAAGAAGAAAGAAAAAGAGGGCAAGUGUCGAACUGGUGGAAAUGGAUCCUGGAUAUGAGGAGCAACUGCCAAGCAAACUGAAUGACUCAGAUGAAGAACCAUAUGGAAGAAGAGGAGAAAUGGGUCAAGGGACUCAUAUGGCUGAGUACUGUGGCUCAGGGGCUGUUUCUGAAGCAUUAUGUGUGCCCUAUGACUUUCUCACACAUCCUAAGAAAAAUAGUAUUUCAGAGAAUUUCUCAGUAUUUUCACAGUCAGUCCCAGUGAAGGAAGAUAUCAGGACAUCUACACUGAUAAGCCCUAAUUUACAAAAAGAGCUCAGUAAGAGUACAGUAAGAGUUGCUCAGAGCAAGAAAGAAAUGGACAUAAUGUCUGAUAGUGAUCUGACUGGGAAACUAGCACAAACCGGGCAGCUUGCCAUGACAGCAGAUCUCAAAUCUCCUGAGUGUGUUGUUUCUGGUAUAGAGACACCUCAAAGUGAUGACAAGCUAUCAGGACACACUACCGGCGAUAAUGCGGGAAAUCAUUUACAGGGUAACAACCAUUUUCCAUCAGAAAUUCAAACAUCUAUUACCAGCUGUGAUGUAUCAAAGAUUGAGAGAAAACCUGUAAACAUGGAAAAUCUUGUUAAAUUAUCAGUCUCACAUCAUACGGAUGAUGUCAACUCACAAAUGCAUAAUGCAGCAUUACAACUAGCGCCUUUGAUACCAUCACACACUGUUGUUUACUCCAAGACACCCAAAAGUCAAUUUGAAGAUAGAGUGGCAUUAUCAGACUUUCAGUUUGAUAGGUCUAGUGCAGUAGAUCAGAGGAAAACCUCAAUUUCCUGUAUAACAUUUCCUGAGUUAACAGACAAGCCACUCUUCUCAGCAUUUGACAAAAACACUGAAACGAAAGAGAAUUCAUCUUCUCUGACUCAUAAUGAAGUCCCACGUGAACACAAAAAUGAUGAUUUGCAAGCAAAAGGGUGUCUGUCAGAAACAUCUCAUUUCAAGUUAUUGACACAGGCAGAGUCUGUAAAUAUGGCACAAAUAAGUCACCAGAAUGGUCACAUGACACAAACGAUUGCAGCCCAACUACCAAAAGCAGAUAAGAUGAAGGACGCUCCAAAGGCGGAAAUUACUAACCGAAAACUGUCAGAAAAGCUUGGUAUCUCAUAUACAUCUGUGAAUUCACAAAGUGAAGACAGGACAGAAGAGAACUCCCCAUCUUUAAGAUUAAAGAAUGUUCCUGAAAGCCAGAAAGGUGUAAACAUGAAAGCUGUUGAAACUCUGUCCCCUGUCAUCAAAGGGGACAGAAAUGAGGAACUGUCUUUUAAGGGGCAGACCAAACAAUACCAGUAUCUGAUACAAACCACUGAACCAGACAGUCAACUUUCAGUUUACUCAAAAUCAGAACCCAGUCUGUCUAAAAUUCUUACCAGCGGUGAAGAAGAAAAAGGUCAAAUUAUCUAUGUAGAUACACCACCUUCUUUUCCAUGUAAAGAUCAUGACCUGUCAUCUACUAUCAUUGUACAGCAUUCACCAUCUCCUCCUCCUGAGUCAACAGGUGGAGCUAAAAGUCUAAAAAUGGCAGAUCCUGAUACUGUAAGUCAACCCACACCUCAUAUAUACACUAUAUCUUCCUUUUGGAAUGAAAUGGAGAAGCUGACCAUAAACGAUAUUUUGCAACUCCGUCUGGUUGGCCAAGCUCAGCACCCCACUGUGCUAUUCCAUCCAGAGGACAGCAGUAUUGCAGAUGUGACUGAUGCAGCAGAUUCAGGAUAUUUGACCUACUCAGAUGAAUCCAAGCCUGACCACUCCAGUGGGAAUAUGUCAUUCAUGUCUGACUUUGAUGGAGAGCUUUCACAGCUCCUAUCUUCAGAUGUAGGCAAACUAGAUAAGAGGAUACAAGAGUCUCCUAACCCAACAGAAAUAAUUUGGGAAAGUGAUCCAAAUCUGCCUGAAACUGCAACCAGAACGGAAGACGUGUUUAAUUUGGAUACAGCCCAUUUAUCACCUCUUUAUAGAAACAGUUCCAGUCAUUGCUUCAGGAAGAUGUGCAAAAAUAUUAGUGUCCAGAACCUGCAAGCUCUUGAAGGCCAAAACUUGGGGAAAAUCCUCAGAAAUGCCUCUCUCCAGUCCAUCCAUUCUGUUUACUCUACUCAUUGUGAAGUUGAGGAUGACUAUGUAGAUCCAUUUGAUUGUGUUGAAACUUCAUCCCCAGUGUACCUCUCUGAUGAGGAGGAAAUGGACUGCACUGGUAUCACUUUCUCAGAGAUCUUUGAGUAUCUGUUUGGUACAGAUGAACCUGAGCAGUCUGUCUCUGAGACUGACACUGUAGCUGCUGCUUACCCCAAUGCAACUGAGACCUCGGUCCCUGAGAUGUAUGACUAUUUCUUUUCAGAUUUUGAGUCCGAAAGUUUAUUUUACCCACUUGCAAAUGACAACAGCAGUACUAAUGAUGAGCUAGUUCCCAUCUUCUCUUCCUCACGCUCAGCAACCAGGAAUGUCCAGUUCCCUGAGGUGUAUGAUUACUUUUUCCCAGAUGAUUCCCCUGUUCACUCAGACGAAGAUGAGGAACCUGAGCAUACAGUCAUACAAGUGGUCACACGAUAUGACAACAUGUCAACCAAGAGCUAUGAUUCUGUGGCAUCUUCAGACCCAUACAAACACUUUUUCCCUGAGAAAGAUAAUAGUUGGAACUUCCUGUGGACAAACCCUUUUUCGGUUAAAAGAGUUCGCCACACAGGAUUCACAGUACCCCCUGUGGAGUCCAGUUCUCAGGCUCUGACUCCUGUAAAAAACACAGGCAGGUCAUUUAGUGGAGGAAUUCAACCUAUAAACAUAUUGGGUACUGAUGAGAUCCCAUUUCCAGACCCACUGAUUCUCAGCCUGGAGAAUCGCAUCUUCAGACAGCUGGCAGAUCAGCAGAAGAUAUGCAAUGAGAUGCAGACAGUUAUUGCUGAUCCAAGGCUGGAUGCACCACUGUUGCCCAUUAAACAGGCAGAUAUGUGCUUGGUUUGCAUUGCGUUUGCCUCAUGGGUCCUCAAGUCAGUCAACCCUCAAGGAGCUGAUACAUGGAAAGCUGUUCUGCUGGCAAAUAUAAGUGCCCUGUCUGCUAUCCGAUACCUCCGGAGAUUCACGAGGGAUGAGGCGGCCAAGAUAUCUCCACUGCGUCAGAUCAAGCCUGCGUAAAUCUGACCACAGGCCUCAGUGUUGCCAGGUCACCUUUCAGUCAGUCACUCCUUUUUCCUAUGUAACCCAACCCAGAGCUGAUGAGACAUAUCAUAAGCUGUGCAUGCAAAAAUAUCAUAUGAUUCAUUAAUAACCUUCAUCUACAUUAUAAGUUUGCUCACUGAGCCAAGACAAUGGGUAUUAGCAAUCAUAUUCUUCAAAGAACACAUCAUAACCAUGCAGCAUAAUAUAAAAUGACCAAAUGUUGAGAUUUCAUGAGCAAUGUAUUACAGUUGUGCCUGGAAUGUUUUUGAUUGUUAAUAAGGUAAGUGGGAUUAUAAAGUAAGAUGUUGAUCAUGAGGUAAGAUAAGGGCAUUAAAUUUCAUCAGAUAUAAUAUUCUUGUAAAUUGACCAAUCCUGUGAUGAAAGGUAUGCUGUAAAUGAUAGUAUUAAAAAUGGGAUUUCAUGUGGGAAAAUAUCUGUGAAAAAAAAUUUAUUUGACAGAAGGUAGAAAGGAAAGACAGCUGGACAGUGGCUUGCAGAAAAUAAUGAAAGUCAAUUAACAACAUGCUGAAAUCUGGGUCCAAGCACAAAAAAAAAGACUUGAGCCAAGUUUUUCACCACUAAAGGUUAAAUCAUACAGUGGUGCUUGAAAGUUUGU